UGACAAACGACAACCAAAACGACCAAAACUAGAACAUUGACGUUUUGUUCAUAGCGUAAAAUUAGGAUUAUUUAAUAUUACUUAUUAAAAACGAACUCUAUUAAAUAGGAUAUUUUAAAGCGUACACUAAUUACAUAACGAUGGCCAAUGAUACCCCCGAAAGCGAUUUCUCAAUAGAAUGCUUUCAAAAUUAUACAGCACCAGAAGUUUUCGUACAAGGAUUGGCUGGUAUGGUCGAUCAAACAGACGUUGAAACGAUUAUACGAGCCCAAAAAGUCAUGCUUCAACGUUUUGAAAAAACAACAGAAAUGCUGACUAACUGUAAUCAGCUAUCAUCAAGUCGUCUGAGAGCCGCGUCUACAGAGUUCAAAAAGCACACACAGUUACUGCUGGAUAUGAAAAAAGAUCUCGAAUUUAUUUUCAAAAAGAUUCGCGCUAUGAAGACUAAGUUAAGUCAACAAUACCCGGAAGCAUAUAAGCAGGCAGUAGCAGCAUCAAUAGCCAACCAGAAACCAGUCAAUGAUGAUGAUGAUGAAGAUUUUGGAGUAUCAGAAACAAGGGUACAAUCUAAAAUGGUAGCCACUGUAUCCACAGAAACUUUAAAACCAACAACGAGUAAUGAAAAGAAAUCAAAGAAGAAAGACAUCAAAUUGAACCAAGAAAACAAUAAUACAGAACCACAGAGUAGUAAAGAUAUUAUCGGUUCUCCGACUUUCUUAAUGAUGGGGAAGAGGGUUAAACGAGGUAGCAGUUCUUCCGAGACUGAAAGUGCAAGCUCUGGAGAUGAUACGAGUACGGACACCGGUUGACAGUUCGACAUGAGUCUCGGUUAAUGUGAUAUAGACCACUUGUAAAAGUGAUUAUGGGACAAUCGUUCUAGUCUUCGUAUAUGACUGCUGUGAAGUCAAUUUUUUGCUGGAAUUUAUGUAUUGUAUUUAAUGAUAGAUAUUAGUUAUUGUC